AUCCUCAGUUUCAAAUCAUUUUCUUCCUGAAAUCAAACUCAAAAACUCUGACAUUCUUCUCCGAUCUGAGAGCGAGAGCCGCCAUUUCUUCUUUCGCGGCUUUCGCUCGUAAAGAUUUACAAGAAAGAGAAAAACAAGAAGGCAUUUGAACUUGCAUUCAUGGGUUUUGGUUCGCUUCUUUGGACAAGCUGAGGUUGGAAUUUUAGAAAUACUCUACUUGGGGAGAAUUGGUGGUGUGGAAUUUAUAACAUGCGCCCGUUUUUGUCGCGCUCGUUAGCUACGAAGGAGCAGAGUAAUGGAAGAGGCAAUCGUGUUCAGUUGUACCUCAAUGUCUAUGAUCUAACGCCCAUAAACAACUACCUUUACUGGUUUGGGCUUGGAAUCUACCACUCCGGAAUUGAAGUACAUGGUAUGGAGUAUGCAUUUGGAGCCCAUGAGUACCCUACAAGUGGAGUGUUUGAGGUGGAGCCAAGAUGCUGUCCUGGUUUUGUCUUCCGACGGUCAGUGCUAUUGGGCAGUACUGAUAUGUCCCGUUCAGAGUUCCGGUUAUUCAUGGAACAUUUUGCUGGAAAAUAUCAUGGGGAUUCCUAUCAUUUGAUUGCAAAGAACUGCAACCAUUUUACUGAUGAUGUUUGCAUGCGUCUCACUGGAAAACCUAUUCCUGGUUGGGUGAAUCGGUUAGCUAGAUUAGUUUCAGGUUCCUUUUGCAACUGUCUACUACCAGAGAAUAUUCAGGUUACAGCAAUUAGGCAUCUACCUGAUCAUCCAGCAUAUUCUGAAGAUGGGUCUGAUUCUAUUGCGUCAUCAGCAGCAGAAGACAGUGAGGAGGACUCAGAUCAUCACCUGCUUGCUUCGCCAAAUGGUGACGUGGCAUUUAUAAAUGAGAGACCAAUGAGGCUUGCAAAGGAGCUUCUAUGAUUAAUCAAACCUUUGUUUCACCCUUGUGCCUUUUUUGUUGUCUGUACUAGUAGUAUAUGAUUUUCAAUUGUAUCGAUAAACCCUUCUGUUUCAGUUCACAAGUCAAUACUAGCCAUAGUUCUUCUCUAAUGGCCUCUUGCGGAUUCUGAUGCCCACAUUUGUUUGUGUAUAGUAGUACAUGUAUCUCUUAGUUUUGUGU